AUGAAGCGAUUGUGUGAAAUCAAACAGUAUCACUACUCCGCCGUUGGCUGGGUGUUACGUAAUAUAGGUAGCGGUUUUAGCCGAGAAGUCCCGAGUGACAGCAGGUCAUCAGGUUGUGACUUCCAUCACUGUCACAGCCAAGUCACCCUCGAUGAAGAUGUGGUCCGGGGCUGCUCCGACCGUUCUCUCCUUGAACUUGAUGAGAGGGACGCCAUCAACUGUCAACUGAAGAAGAACGCCGUGAUGAGCAGUUGUUUUCUCGGAGAGAGGAGCAAGCUUUCGUUGAAGACAUAUUGUCAGGAUGUGAAGCAUGCAUGCGCACAUCGGCCUUGUCGCAACUAUGAAGUGUGCAUACCUGUAUUGGCUGCUGUUCGCCACAUCUGCCUGCCAACAGCGGAUUUACCAGGAGCACAAAACGCCAUAGCAGCAACAGACACAGCAGGUAAAGUCGACGGAACGGUGACGGUGAUGACGCCUCACUCUGCAACGUCCACCAGCGUUAUCCAAGUGAUGACAACCCGUAUAACGUCUAUAGUGGCAACAUCGUUUGCGGUGACCAGUGCAACCACUGCAGAAUCUUCAGCGGUGACCAGUGAAACCACAGCAGAAUCGUCACCACCGACCAGUGAAACCACUGCAGAAUCGUCAGCGGUGACCAGUGCAACCACUUCAGAAUCGUCACCACCGACCAGUGCAACCACUGCAGAAUCGUCACCACCGACCAGUUCAACCACUGCAGAAUCGUCAGCGGUGACCAGUGCAACCACUGCAGAAUCGUCAGCGGUGACCAGUGCAACCACUGCAGAAUCGUCACCACCGACCAGUGCAACCACUACAGAAUCGUCAUCACCGACCAGUGCAACCACUGCAGAAUCGUCACCACCGACCAGUGCAACCACUGCAGAAUCGUCAUCACCGACCAGUGCAACCACUGCAGAAUCGUCAUCACCGACCAGUGCAACCACUGCAGAAUCGUCAUCACCGACCAGUGCAACCACUGCAGAAUCGUCAGCGGUGACCAGUGCAACCACUGCAGCAUCGUCAGCGGUGACCAGUGCAACAACUGCAGAAUCGUCAGCGGUGACCAGUGCAACCACCGAAGAAUCAUCAGCGGUGACCAGUGAAAUUACUGAAGAAUCGUCAGCAGUGACCAGUGAAAUUACUGACAAGUCUUCAGCCCUCACCGGUGCAUCAAACCCACCUUCAGAAGCUACAAUAUCUCAACAGCUAUACAAUUAUACCUACCUUGGAUGCUACAACGACAGCACAGCUCGCGCUCUCAACGAGACUCUCCUCACUUCUUCAACGAUGAGCCACGCGACAUGUUUCCGGUUCUGUCACCCAUAUAAAUACGCCGGCUUGGAGUACUCUGAUGAGUGUUUUUGUGACGAUGUCAUAGCACCCCACCACACACUUCAAGACGAACGCAACUGCACCAGUGUCUGUCCGGGCAAUUCAGACGAGCUGUGCGGGGGAUACUGGUACAUAGCAAUCUAUGAAUUAGUUCAAACAUGAUUCCCGUGCGUGAAUUAUGUAUCAGCUCUGUAUCAACAUUACCCCGGGACUGAUGUGGCCGGAUUUUACAUGAGGAAUUACUGUAAUAAAUUUAUGUGAAACGUU